UCUCUCGUUGCCCCGGGCUCGUGUCCCUUCCCACCUGUCGUCUCUAGAAGCGCCGGUGGCCCGUUUCCCCUCUCCGUCCCCUGUCUCUCAGUGGGAGAUCUUGUAUAGUGCCGCAGAUUCCCUCCUCUACCUUUCCUUCGUUCCUCCUCGAUCAUUUUUAGAACGACCCCGCCGUGCCCCCCUCCGCACUGAUUGAUGACUUGACGAGAUUGACGAAUUUCCUUGUGUACUACUACUACGCUGUCUUCCUCUCUCGUGCCUUCUGCCUCUUGUCUCCAUCUGCGCGCCCUCUCCGACGGCUCUGGGACGGUUCUUUUCAGCUGUCCACCCUGAACCUCCAACCAUUGCAUCGCAUGAUUAAACGGCCGCUCAAUUUGCACGCGACUUCUCUCUCAACCAUCCGGACCUUGUAUAUUUCCCAACGCGACGUGUGAAAUGGCUUCAGACAUCCCCAAGGUCGUGCCGUUGACCUGCCAUGGACACUCUCGUCCCGUGCCGCAUAUCGACUUCUCCUCCACCGUCGAGGAUGACCAGUACUACCUGAUCUCCGCCUGCAAGGACAACAAUCCUAUGCUGCGCGAUGGCAUCACAGGUGACUGGAUCGGAACCUUCCUCGGUCACAAGGGAGCAGUAUGGCAAGCCCGGCUCUCCACCGACGCAAGCAUAGCAGCCACCGCCGCGGCCGACUUCUCCGCCAAAGUCUGGGACACCCACACCGGCGAAUGCCUCCACACGCUCCAGCACUCGCACAUCUGCCGCGCGGUAGCCUUCCCGAUCCAGCACUCGCCGCAAGUGCUCGCGACGGGCGGAUUCGAGAAGAAGCUGCGCAUCUUCGACCUGACCCGCAGCGGCGGAAACAGCAACAGCUCGUCGCCCACAAGCUCCACGCAGGGGGGCAUCGACACCACACCGUCGGCGGUCACAAGCUACGAGAUCGGCCCGGGCGUCCACGGCGGCACCAUCAAAUCCAUCGUCUGGAACCAGGACUACAACAUCCUGACGACCGCGGCCGAAGACCGCAAGAUCCGCUGGUGGGAUCUCCGCUCGCGUCACCCCGUCGUCGAAUACGCCGUCGAAGGCUCCAUCGGCAGCUGCGAACUGAACGCCCUCGCCGUCAGACCCAAUGACUCGGGCAUCCUCACCGUCGCCGCCGGCAAAUCCGUUUACCUCUUCGACGGCCUCGCCCCCGGCCGCCUCCUCAAGAAAAUGGACUUCCGCUACGAGGUCGCCAGCGCCGCCGUCAACAAUGAAACGAGCAAAUUGGUCACCGGUAGUGCGGAAGAUACUUGGGCGAGAGUGUAUGAUGUUCGCACUGAUGAAGAACUCGAAGUCCAAAAAGGCCACCACGGCCCAAUCUGGUCCGUCAGUUUCUCCCCCGACGGCAAGCUCUACGGAACAGGCAGCGAAGACGGAACCAUCAAAUUGUGGAAAGCCUGCAGGGAGCCGUACGGUCUCUGGCGCUAAACCCCCGUUGCCAUCCCAAUCAAAUUCAACCCAAACCACACACAAGUCAAAACAAAAAGC